GCUAAUGAUAGUGGAGCUUAUCACACCAUAGAUAAUGAAAAUGGAAAUAUGCCGUCUUUUGUGCUGGAUACUAAUACUUUCAACAUCUGUAAUGAGUCGCCUGAACUUAAUUUUGACGUGAGUCCACUGGAGGCCUACAAACUUUUUGUGACAGAUGAACUUUGGCACAUCAUUGUUGAAGAGACGAACAGAAAAAGUGAUGGAAGCCAGAUCAAAAAUUAUACAACAAAAAGAAGGGUCUGUAAAAUGGGAACCUUUCUUUCUUAUGCCUCUUUGUCGGCUAAACAUGAGGAGCAUCACACAGCGACAGACUACUAACUAAAGGAGAAGAAUUGAUAUCGGCGGUAGAAGAAAAAAGAGGAACCAAAAAAGAAGAACGCCGAUUAUUCAUGUGCAACGUA